AUGGCCCCGCCCAGCCCAGCACCUGCCGUGUGUGUACAGGGCACCUUCAUAGAAAAUGCCCUGGUCAUCUGGGGUCUGGAGGGAUCCCAGCUUCCAGUGAUGCCCACUGCUGUGUGUCAGCACCGUCCCGGCGGGCCAGGCCUCAAGCAUGGCGGUGCCGUGCUCACUUCAGCGUCCGAGGGCUUCGCAGGGUCCUAUGCAAGCGGCUUUGUAAGACAGACCGCCUACGUCGGCGCCCCCGCUCCGGGCUCCGACUCCUCCAGACGCUGCGAAGUGAAAGGGGAGAAAAGAAAAGGAGAGGGAGAGACUGUGACGGUGGGGGGAGGCCCGGCCCGAGGUGUUAAACAUUUUUGUUCGCUUCUAACUCGUCGAGACGGAGGGCCGCGUCUCCGCCAGGUUCUGCCCCGGGUGGAAGGUGCCGUGGCCUGGGGUUCCCAGCCACAACCCUGGGCUCCGGGGUGGCCGCAGCGCUCGGCACGCGCAGACCCAGACAGACAACGUCGCGGGGUCCCGCGUCCAGGCUGCGGGGCCUUAACACGGCAGCGACCGGACCUCCGGCGGGGUAUUAAGGCAGCUCGGGGCUCUCCGGGCGUUUGCGAAGUCUUCCUGGAGCGGAGGAGCGGCGUUGCGAAGACCAACUCCCGCCCUGCCGCCCGGCUCCGCUCCUCCCUGCCCGCCGCCGCCUCCAGCGCCCCCACCGUGCCAGACACACACACACACUCACACACACACACACACACACGCCACCCCGGGCGCGCCGGCGCUGCCAGCGAGCGGCGGCGUGCAGGACUUGAAGUGGGUGUUCUUCCCCACUCCCCACCCCCGAAGCGUCGCCCCCACCCCCCCGCGCCCGGGUCUCCUGCCCCCUCCCUCUCGCUCCUACGCAAAUAA